CAUGUGUUGUUGUUAGCUUGCUGGCCCGGUCCGUAUGCCAGAUUUGAUUGCCAGCAAUGGUUUGUUGCUCAAGUACAGUCAACUCGUGACCUAGCACUACUAGUACUGUCCAUUAAUUGGGCACACAGUGUCAUGCCACUCAGACUGGCCGAGUUAUUGAUGCUGGUGGGAAAACACAAGUGAAACAUGGCUUCAGAGGACCUUCACGCAAUCUCCGCUGACUGGCUCAAAAGCCUAGAGGUCGCGUCGUCCACUGGAGACGUUAUUUCAUUUAUGAGUCAUUUCCUUUCGGACGGGUGGCUCAGAGGUCAAACACUAUCGAGUCUGGAAAAAAUACGCGGAUUUCUCUCGGAGGUUGUUGAUGGGAAGUCGCGACUUGAGCGUUCUAGUCUUCGUGACUUCAAGAUAGACGAUCACACUAUCAAUGCGCCUUCACCAUUCAAGUUACCAGGUUCACAAGGCAUUGAAGGAGUACAAAGCGCUUUCACCUUUAGCAUUACGAACCCAGCUGCACUCGGACGAGGUUUCUUCCGUCUGACGCAAGAUGUCGAUGGGAAGUGGAAGGCUUUAACUCUUUUCACAAACAUGCAGGACCUCGUCGGGUACGAGGAGUCUUUCACAGACCAACAUGGCCUAUACGAGGGUCGAACAAUAACUUGGGAGGAGGAUGUCGAUACAAAAUUCCGUGCUAUCGAGGCCGACCCCACUGUUCUGAUCGUUGGUGGUGGACAAUCUGGCCUUAUGUGUGCAGCGCGGCUGCGUAGGUUGGGGAUCCGUGCACUUAUAAUCGAGAAAAAUGUGCGUGUCGGAGACUGCUGGCGACAACGGUACCCAAACCUUACGCUGCAUACUCCCGCGUACCAAAGCUCCAUCCUUUACAAUCCCUAUCCGACAAACUUCCCGAAGUACAUUCCUAAGGGAAAACUUGCCAAUUUCCUGGAAUCAUACGCUGUUAAUCAGGAAUUGUGUAUCUGGCUCUCCAGUACGAUGACCUCAAUUCCAAUGUACGACUCAUUAUCCGCAAGAUGGACUGUAGAAGUACAGCAUGGAGAUCAGAAAGUAAUCCUCAAUCCAAAGUAUCUGGUCCUUGCCACAGGAAGCGGGAGCCCUCACAUUCCUACCUGGAAUGGAAUGGAUGGAUUCCAAGGAACCUGGUAUCAUUCCGACUUCCAUAAAGAUGCAGAGCAGUUCCGAGGCAAACGUGUCGUCGUUGUAGGUGCGGGCAAUGCUAGUGGGGAUAUAUGUCAAGAUUUUGUAGCACAUGGUGCCGCUGAGGUAACAUUGGUCCAAAGAAGCGCUACAUGCGUUGUAUCCUCUGCUGCCAUGGAGAAAACUCGUUUUAAGCAGUCUUACCCCAUCAACACCCCUAUCGAGGAACUGGAUCUCCGCAGCAAUUCAAUGCCUCUAGCCUUCUCCCUACAACUGACAAAAUCAG